CUCAACAACCUCCUCACUACUAAAACUCCCAAGGGCACAGAGAGAGCUAGCUAGAAAGGGCUACCUCUGGCUACUCCACUGCCACUCUCAUCAACCUAAAAACAUGGUCUCUUCAGAUUCUCUUCCCUCUAAGCAGCAGCAGGAGAAUCAGCCGGAGACAUGGAAAGAGGGCGGCGGAGGAGGCGAUCCCGACCGGCGAGCCAAAUGGUGGUACUCAGCCUUCCAUGUUGUCACCGCCAUAAUUGGUGCUGGAGUGCUCAGCCUCCCUUCCGCCAUGGCUUACUUGGGCUGGGGACCAGGGACGAUGGUGCUAGUGGCAUCAUGGUGCCUGACGUUGAACACAAUGUGGCAGAUGAUCCAGCUCCACGAAUGCGUGCCGGGGACUCGAUUCGAUCGGUACAUAGACCUCGGCAGGCAUGCCUUUGGCGAGAAGCUAGGGCCAUGGAUUGUCCUGCCUCAGCAGCUGAUUGUUCAGGUUGGCUGCGACAUCGUGUACAUGGUGACUGGUGGCAAGUGUCUGAAGAAGUUCAUGGAGAUUGCUUGCUCCAGUUGCAAACCAAUCAAGCUGUCCUACUGGAUGGUCAUGUUUGGAGGGAUUCACUUCUUCCUGGCUCAGCUGCCUAACUUCAACUCUGUUGCUGGCGUCUCUCUGGCCGCUGCAGUUAUGUCCAUUUCCUACUCAACCAUAGCGUGGGUGGGGUGCCUGAGCCACGGGAGGGCAGCGGACGUGACCUACGGCUACAAGCAGAGCAGCCCAGCGGGCUCGAUGUUCAGAGUGUUCAACGCUCUGGGCCAGAGCUCGUUCGCAUUUGCGGGCCAUGCGGUUUUGUUAGAGAUCCAGGCCACCAUCCCUUCAACACCAGAAAGGCCUUCCAAGGGGCCCAUGUGGAAGGGCGUGAUCUGGGCCUAUUUCGUGAAGGCCCUUUGCUACUUCCCCGUGGCGAUGAUGGGCUACUGGGCCUUCGGGCAGGCUGUGCAGGAUAAUGUCCUGCUCGACCUCCAGAGGCCUGCUUGGCUCAUUGCCUCUGCCAACCUUAUGGUUGUCGUUAAUGUUAUUGGCAGCUAUCAGGUAUAUGCUAUGCCAGUGUUCAAUAUGCUGGAGAGGAUGAUGGUGAAGAAAUGGAACUUCUCUCAGGGGUUGCCUCUUAGACUUGUAGUCCGAUCUGCAUAUGUUGCGUUUACACUAUUUGUUGGAGUCACAUUCCCUUUCUUCGGCGACCUGCUUGGCUUCUUCGGUGGAUUUGGUUUUGCUCCAACUUCAUUCUUCCUCCCAAGCAUAAUGUGGUUGAUCCUCAAGAAGCCUAAAAGGUUCAGCCCCAAGUGGUUUGUCAAUUGGGUUUCGAUCGUGAUUGGAGUGUUUGUUAUGCUGGCAUCUACAAUUGGUGGAUUUCGUAACAUUAUCACGGAUUCCUCCGAUUAUAAGUUCUAUACUUGAGAAAGAAGAAGAAGAAGGAAGAAGUUUUUUGAUGAAGAAGAAGGAAGAAAUUAAAAAGAUUAAGCAGAAUUUUAUUUUGAGAAAGUUCUGAAUUUGAUUACAUAAACUGAUAUUCAAUCG